AUGGCGCAUCGCGACUCUGAUGCGAUAACUCCUCACUCUCCGCGCAGCCAACCGAGGACCCCGACGGGGCACAUUGGAAAACAGAAGGAUGCGAUUGACCGGGAUGGGGUGCAGCCAGGGGGAGACGUGGGGAUUGGGGCGGCGAGCUUACAGCGCUGGCGUGGGAUGUAUGACGGAGGGAGCAAAAUUGCUCCCUUCCUCUCGGAGCGACACACGCACCAGCAGAGCAAGGAAAAAGUCGCGAUUGGUGGGGACUCUUCCACUGUGGUCGUGAGCCCUAACGUGAUUGCCGCCACGCCGCGCGAAAGCCGCAGCCCGCUUGACAGCGCCACUAUCCCACCAUCCCCGCUGCAAGUGCACCCCAAGCCGAUUCUGCCUGCGUCCGUGGCUGCCUCCACGUCACUCGCCAGGCAACACGGUGUCCGUGGUAACGUGCGGUCUGUCGACAAGGCGUCAACGGAUAAUGACGAGCAGGCCGACUCACAAGGGCAUAGUAGUCCGUCGUGCUCUAUAAUUGCCCCUUCCAGCAACGGCGGUGGUGACUUUUCACUGGAGACAGACAACGACGCGCAGCUCAGCAACGCCCCGUGCCACGCGCCGUCGGGGAGGCGACUCACUCAGCUGGAGCUACCUUUCCCGCAGGCGACGCUCAGUAGCCCUUUGCAGUCUGCCCAGUCUACCUCGGCCGAUGGCGUGGACACGUCUGCCGGCUCGCAGGACACUCGGCUGUCGUCGAAGCGGAGCACGGCAAGCCGCCGCUGCUACGUGCCAGGGCGUGCCUCUCGGCUCCACGCAAACACCCUCCUUUCCGACGGCGGUGGCGGGAUGCUGAGCGCUCUCUUGAGCACCACUUCGCGGGUUACAACACAAGCGAGUCAAGUCACCACACGCGCGCCGAACGAGUCCCUCCACGGCCUUGAUACAAGCUACAUGCGGGCAUCAUUGCUGCCCCUCACCAGUGAGACGGACUCCACUUCAGAGGGCACAUCUCUGACGCCAGUGCAUCAACGUGAUGCGUCCAUCACAUAUCUCUCGUCGCUUCCGCCGCCGCCGCCGCCGCCGGUGCGCACGAGGACCUUCACCCUUGCCGAGGCCACGGAGCACGCGGCGCAUGCGCCUGCCGCGCAUUCUUCGACUCGGUGGACGCCGUCUGCGCUGAUGACGCCGCCGUUGAUGGUGGUAGAAUCGCGCUCUCUGGCACCUUCUUUUCGUACGCGCAACCCCCUCAUGCAGCAGCGACAACUCUCGCACGGGCACCUCGGUGAACAUGCAGUGGCACCAUCUCAGUUCCAUGACGACGCCGCACCCGCGGCAGCCGGCCCCCCUUGCCCCUGUUAUCGAGGCCCACGCUCUGCCUUACUUCGAGGCUGCACAGACAGAGGGCAAAGCGCUUCGCGCACCCCACCCAUCGCGGUGCUCGUCCCGCUUCCGCCGGAGUCGGAGGAAUCGGCACCGGCACCAGCGUCAACACCAGCAAUAGCCUCACCGCCGCCUACGCAACCACUGGAUAGCGACACUUAUGAGGUGAACGCAGACAGCAUGGCCUCGGAGAUGAGUUUCCGCUACCGAGAGCGGCCUUCUCCUAGGGCACAGCAACUAGAUCAGGCGUCGGUGCUGGAGCCGCGCGCUUCCGUAUGUGUGUCACCGCUUCACCCUUCGCUGUCUCAAGUUUAUGCGCUCACUCCGAGGCCGCAGCAGCCGCGGUCGACGCCGGCGCGCUCUUCUCCCCCUCGCAACGGCGAUCCUACACUGCUCGAGUAUGUUGCUAACUUAAAGCCACCACGCGGCUCUUGCAGCGUCCGUGGAGGUCUUCUGUCUGUCGGCGUAGCUCUCUGCGCUGUGCCGUUGUGCGCGGCCAUUCUGCUGUUUGGUUUACAUUACUGGGCUGUUACGUUGCAAGAGAAGAGCUAUGCGGAGGCGCUGCUGCGCCCUCGCAUGGGGACGAUGCUGAAAGUCGACGUGGCACUGCUGCUCAGCAUUUUGGUUUCGAUUGCGGUGGUCGGUGGUGGAAGUGGCGCAGCCAUCUACGUCCUGCUUUACCGCCUCGCCAUCCGCCAUCAGGUGCGUGCCUUUGCUCUCUGCGUGCGACUUGCAGAUGCGCUGCCACCGUUGGAUGUGCACCGCCUCGCAGCGGAGGACUCGGAGGGUCGGCACGACAGCGCGACGCCUAUCGACGCAGCUACUGCGGUGGGACAGCACGCCGCCAGCGGCGAUACUCGUACGCAGUGGUUCUCUCCGUUUGUCGCCCGAUGGCAUGAGGAGGUGAGUCGACUUGUCAAGCUUGUCACGUGCCCGAUAGAGGUGAGCCAGGCGGAGUGGCGCUCCUUUCUCUUCUCGGAGCGGCGCAGCCUCGCCUUGCCGAACGAGGGCGCGAAUGGGAGCGGUGAUCGCCCCGUGGCAGAGACGACGCUGGCUGAUGGCCCCUUUCGCAACAGCAACAACAGCCGCUCGCUCCCUUUUGGCGUGCAAGCGUCGGUGCCCAUGACUGAGAACGAGCCGUGGCCACCGCAUGACGCGCAACCCGGAUCGCGGUAUCGAAUGAGCGAAGCCGUCUUCUCCCGGCGACCGCAGCACCCAGUGGACGUGAGCAAGCGGCAAGAGGCGGUCACGGUGGUGGUGUGCCGCCUCAUGGCCCCGGCCGAGCUGCUUGUGGAGCAGAGGCCCCUGACGCAGGUGCAGCUGAAAGAGCUGCAGCGACUCUCGAACGAGUUUCACCAGCGCCUCCGCACCGUGCCGCGGACGUCGUAUGCUGCCAUUACGGAGGUGGGCGUGCAUGAAGUGGUCUUCUCCUUUAAUACCUUCUCUCCGCUACCUUCUCUGGUUGCAAGCCCCGCGGCCGUGGCGCUGGCUGUGUUAGCGCACAAGGCGCUUGUGGAGUGGUCGCCGACGUAUCUUGGCACCCCGGUGCAGUGGGGCAUCGCCGUGCACCGUUUCGAUGCUUACAUGUCCCCCACACGCGGUAUGCAAGGGCGGCUCUACGUCAGUUUUGGGACGGUCGAGUACGACUUUGCCCGUUUACUGGCGGAGCUGGCGGCACUGUUCAACUACGGUGCGUUGUGUCACGCCGGGUUUCUUGCGGACGCCUCGUGUGAGUCGCAAUGUCUCCCCGUAGACUACGUGAUGGAUUUGCGUCAGCAGGCCUUUGUGGUGUACCAGCUACACGACGGCGACGUCGACAGGGAGCAGCGGCUGCAGAUGCAUAGUGCGAUAGCGUCCAUGCGCAACGGCGAGUACAAGGCAGCUGCGGAUGCACUGAGAGUGUGGAGGAGGAAGAACGGCGGCUGCAGCGGGCUGCCGAGGACCGCUGCACACCUGCGAUAUGUUGCGGGGUUUCUGGAGUGCGCCGCGCGUAGGCGUCGGCCGCGCGUUUCGGAGGCCAAAGUAGCGGCAGAGACCGCACCGUCUUUCACUUGUGCGGUCGAGGGUGUUGCCGAGUGGGCUGGAGAAAGUCUUCUGACGUCGUAUUUCCGCCCACCGCCUGUGUGGGAGGAGGAGGAGGCGCCGCAAGCGCCGAGCCCUGACCUGCUCUGCGCGCCAGCUAUUCAGGCGACGAGCGGGGGCGGUAGUUGCGGUUUGCAAAGACGGGAGUGCGGUAGCAGCAACGUCCUUGUGCCGUCUUCCGCGCAACCAUCGCGUGGCGCCGCGGGCGAGUUGACGACGUUCUUUCGAUCACUGAUGCGCCGCUCAUACCGGGCUCGCACCCGCUACGUACUGUCGACUGAGCAACAGGAGGGCCAAGUAGGAUCCAGGGCCAUGGGGGAAGCUCCGCAUCAGCCGCGCGAGGUCUUGGCAGCGAUAGAGGGCGACGCAAGUCCACCUAGCUCUUUGCAGAGGUGUUAUGGGCCACCCUCUCCUGGGACCGAGUCCGUCUCAGGAGAAGGUAACGUGCUCGAGGCCGGCUCUGCGCCUCUUUCGCCGCGCGACAACGUCACCGGCUGCUCCUCCUCGUUCCAUGCGACGCGCUCUGUUUUCGAGGCGUCGACCCCGAUCACCACGUUUCCGGACGUGGUGAGUGGAGAUCGGAAGUGGGCUGCGCUCGCACUUCUGACAGAGCCGGACCAAAGCACCAUCACCGUGACCGCGUCGAGACCGCACCUCUUCUCGAACAGUUGGAGUCUUGCAGAAUCUGGUGUGCCGGAGAUGCCGACUCUGACGCCGCUGACCUCUGGGGUUUUGCGGUCGUCGCAGUUGGAUGUCCGGCGGCAACGUCGCACCUCUAUUCUAAUCCCGGCAGCGAAAAAGGAAGACGAUGCGGCGGGUCCUGUCACCGCCUGUGCAUCCGCUAAGGAGAACGCGACUCUGCGCUCUUCGCGAGGGCGGCGCGACAGCGGCGGUUGCAGGAGUGAGCGGCCACGCGGUCGUAGUGGCUCCCAGUUUACGACGGAGGUCCCGACUAGCGAUGAGUUGUCGUCACGGCUGUUGGGGCAUCCAUGCGUCUCCCAGCUGACCGACACCACGAUCGCUCACUUCCCGUCCGAGGUGAGCCACGAAUCUCUGUCGGCGCGCUCUGGUUCAGUGCGUCCGCGCGCCUCUGCGAGCACCGCAGCCGCCUCCUCGGUUCUCCCUCUCUUUGCGGACAGCACGGUCCCCUUCACUCUGCAGGACAGGGCAGAGGCGCGCAGUGAGGAGGAGACUGCCUGCGAGGCAGAUCUUAAUCAAGAGCUGUCGAUGAUGUCUGUUGCGCAGCGCUCCCGUUCCCGGCGCAGCCACCGUGCGACGGCGCAGCCAUCGUCUGUGGUCUGCUCCUGUACGAGGCGCAUCGACAACAGCUUGAGCAACACGGUAAUGGUCUUCCAAGGCUUCCACCCAGACGGUUAUCUGGUUGUGGUGAAGCGUGCGGACCGUCGUGCUGCGAAGCAGGUGGCGCAGCUGCGGAACGAAGUGGAUCUGUUGCGGGAGCUGCAUCACCGCAACAUUGUCAACAUUGUCAGUGCCUGGAAGGACGACGAGGCGGUGUAUUUCGCGAUGGAGUACGCUUGCGAGACGCUCGCCACCGUGCUGCAGAAGUUCAAGGUGCUGCUGCCCGGGGUUGUACGCUUCUACGCGCGUGAGCUGCUGAACGCCCUGGUCUAUCUGCACCGGGACUGCGGCAUCAUCCACCGCGAUCUGUCGCCCAACAACAUCAUCAUCACCAACACAACGGAUCGAAGUCGCGUGAAGCUAAUUGACUUUGGCCGCUCCAUCAUGGCACCGCGCUUCUGCAGUGGUAGCAUUAGCAUGUCGACGACAGUGCCAGGCAACGCCAGCCUCGAGUUCACGGAGCGCCGCUCGAGCCGCAACAAGGUAAGUGCCACGGACAUGCCCACGUCGGUCGUCGGGACGCCCCUCUUCAUGUCUCCGCAGGCUUGCAGAGGCCUUGCGCACCCGACGAGUGACAUCUGGAGCUUGGGCAUCAUUGUGCACCUGUGUCUCGCAGGAACCUACCCGUACCCACCAGAGACCUUUACCGAUCCCGAGACGUUUGUUGCAAAUAUCGGGAGCGGCCGGUUGACUCCGGUGAUCGCGGACACUUGCGAGAUGACUGGCGAGGCACGCAGCUUUAUCGAACAGUGCUUGACCCUGAGCCACACCGAACGUCCCUCUGCCUCAGCGCUUCUGAAACACGGCUUUGUAGAACGCUGA